AUGGAAGCAACAAAGUUCUCAUCCUCCCAGCUUGCCUUGAGGCCAAUUUCUCAAGUUAAACUACGCCCUCGAAGAAACACAAUUGUGGCCGUUAAUAGAGGAACCAAUGGACGAGACUAUGGGGGUAAGCUUGUCGAUGAAAACAUGAUUGUACUGCGAUUACGAAUUAAGGAGAUGAAGAUGUUAGAGGCAUGCAACAAUCCGCCUUCUCACUGGAUGGAGUGGGAGAAACAAUAUUUCUUGCAUUUUAACUACAACAAUGAUGUUUGUGAAGCAGUUGGGAUAUUGCAGAACUAUUUGAUGAAUGUUAGGCCAAGUUUGGCACUAGGGUUGGUGACACUUGUUUCACUGAGUGUGCCUAUCGCUACUGGGGUGGUUUUGUUUCAGGCUGUAGAGAUAGCUAUGAGAGUUCUAUCCGGGUUACAUUAG